CACCGGCCGGGAAGACAUCGCAGCCUAGGGCGGGGACGGGGGAGGCGGGCCGGGGAACUGGGCAAGCAUGAGGCGGAGUUAGGGUCUGAACUGGGGCGAAGCUGAGACUGGAGCUUACGACCGGAUGGAGGGCUCCACCAAGCUGAGGUUCAAGGUUGGACUCCGCAAGGAAGAGUCCCGUGGAAGAACCGGGCUGAGAGCGAUGAGGGUUAGGACGACACUGACGAUUGAAAGAUGGACUGAGGAAGAGACUGGCCCCAAGACCCACAUCUGGGACAAGAGCGAGAGUAGUGGUGAAUGCAAGGAGACUGACAGCUACUGCUGGAAACACAAGCAGUGUGCUGGGCACAUCAUCCACCCCUUCUCUGACUAUGGCCACCACAACCUACAUGUACAUGCUGUCAGCCACUGCGACUGUGAUACUAGGUGCAAAAGCUACAGGCCUGUCUCUAUGGCAGUGAUCCACCAUCCCAUCCACCAUGAAUGUGGGGCAGAUGACCUAAAUGAAGAGGAAGAGGAGGAGGAAGAAAGUAGGCCUCUCAUCCCAACUCAGGUGGGACCCACCACAAAGCCCACUGAACCAGGCACAGUCACUGGGACCCCUGACUCAGCAGCGCCCAUCACCAUCUGGCACUCUGAGAGCCCCACAAGAAAGAGCCCGGACAUCAAGGUGAGCAAGAAGAUAAAGAAGAAAAAGGAAAAAGACAAGGAGGAGGAGAUGUCAGAUGAGAAGACAAAGCUGAAGAAAAAAACCAAGAAGGGCAAGUUGACUAAGAAGAAGAGCCCAAUGAAAUCAGAGUCUUCACCUCCAGACUUGUGCCCAUCAUUAAGCCCAAGAGUGUUGACCAGGAUGUCGGAGUCCAGCCCAGAAAGCCCGGAAGACCUGGAGAGUAGUGAGGUCAGUUACAGUGACCGGGGGCAGCAAGAGCCCUCCAGUGAGGACAUUGUGGAGUCAUCAUCAUCCAGGAAGAGAGAGAAGUGCAUUGCCCAGAUCAAGAAGAACAGGGCAAAGACCUCACCAACCAGGAAAGUGACCAAGAGGAAAUCUCCCCCAGUGUCCAACCCCAAUCUCUGUUGAGACCAGGGUGCCCAGGGUGAAGAAUAAAUGCCAUCAAGCCUUUAAAAAAAAAAAUUUUUUUUAGUUGUUGAUGAACCUUUAUUUUAUGUAUUUAUUUAUUUAUUGUGCUGAGAAUCGAACCCAGUGCCUCACAAAUACUAGGCAAGGACUCUACCACUGAGCCACAACCCCAGCCCUGUUGUAUUUAUUUUUAACUCACCUUCUAUUAAUGGUAGCUAAUUUCCAUUUACAAUCAUAAUAUAAAGCCAGGCUUACUGAGGUAUAAUCUACAUUCAGUAAAAUUCUCCUUUUUAGUGAAUAGUUCUAUGAGCUUUGACUAAUGUACAUAAUAAAUACCAUCAUAAUCAAGACUAUGAAUAUGAAAUCUAUAACAAAGAUGAAAUACUAUGAUAUUUCUGUCACCCCAAGAAGUUACUUCCUGCCUCUGUAGUCAAUCCCUUUUCUGCCCUUAGUCCCUGUUAACUACUAAUUUCUGUCCCUAUAGUUUUGCUUUUUCCAGAAUGUCAUAUAAAUGAAAAAAUACAGUAUUUUUCCUUUUGAGUCUGGCUUAUUUCACUUAGCAUAAUGUAU